CCCCCGCAGCGACCAUUGGCUGCCUCCCGCCGAUAUUGAGAGCACCGUUCCCGCAGUAAGUCUGCAGCUGAUUGGCUCGCCUCGCCACCACGGGGGAGGGGGGGGCCUCGGAGUCGCUAGCUGGAGGCGAUUGGCAGAGGGAGACACGGAUCUCCCGCCUCCGCGGCGCGCUACCGUGGCUAGGGCUUCGCCUCAGCGGGAUGAGCCGCGUUUCCCCAUGGAGACCAAACGGGCCGAGAUCCCUAGCAGCGUCCUGGACGACCUGUGCAGCCGAUUUAUUUUGCACAUUCCAAGUGAAGAGAGAGAUAAUGCAAUCAGAGUCUGUUUUCAGAUUGAACUUGCCCAUUGGUUUUACUUGGAUUUCUAUAUGCAAAACACACCAGGAUUACCUCAGUGUGGGAUAAGAGAUUUCGCUAAAGCUGUCUUCAAUCACUGCCCUUUUUUACUGCCUCAAGGUGAAGACGUACAAAAGGUUUUAGACGAGUGGAAAGAAUACAAAAUGGGAGUACCAACCUAUGGUGCAAUUAUCCUCGAUGAAACGCUUGAAAGUGUUCUUUUGGUUCAGGGCUAUUUAGCAAAGUCUGGUUGGGGAUUUCCAAAAGGGAAAGUAAAUAAAGAAGAGGCUCCUCAGGAUUGUGCUGCUAGAGAGGUGUUUGAAGAAACUGGGUUUGACAUAAAAGAUUAUAUCUGCAAAGAAGAAUACAUUGAGCUGCGAAUUAAUGAUCAGUUAGCCCGCCUGUACAUCAUUCCAGGAGUUCCCAAGAACACAAAAUUCAACCCCAAAACUAGAAGGGAAAUUCGGAAUAUUGAGUGGUUUUCCAUUGACAAAUUACCAUGCCACAGAAAUGACAUGACCCCAAAGUCCAAGCUGGGUUUAGCACCUAACAAAUUUUUUAUGGCAAUUCCCUUCAUCAGACCACUGAGGGAAUGGAUUUCCCGAAGGAAUGGAGAUUCCUCAGAUAGUGACAAUGGAUUUUCAUCUACAGGGAGCACACUCUCCAGGCCCAACUUGGAAAAAGCUAGAUCCAAACUUCGCUGCAAUCAGCAGAUGUUUACAGAUGGCUUUUCAGGAGAGCAGUGUGUGAAGCCAAAACAGCCACAGAAGCCAUAUAAUCAUACUGAGAUGGCUGAAGUUUUGAAAAUAAAGAGUCAGUGCUUGAGGAGCAAUGGCAGAAAGCAGUAUCAAGACAUUCCCAACCAAAAGAAGCGAACAAAUGGAGUCCAUAGCCAACCAGUUAAGCCAAAUCAUACCUUGAAAUGUGAAAAAAGGCUUAAUCCAAGAAGACUUCAAGAUAACUUUGAAACAGAUGCAGCAUAUGAGAUGUGUUGCUCCAUUGAAGAUCCACUGACAGAACAAGUGGACAGACAAUCUGUGGCAUGCAAUGGCCAUUACAAAUUUGCUUUCUCAUCAAGAGCUUUCUUGAGUUUCAAGUUUGACCAUGAUGCCAUAAUGAAAAGUUUUGACCUCUGACAGCACACUUAUUAAGAACAAAAAUCAGACUUGCCUGUUGCAAUUGAGGUUUUUUUUUAUCCAGCCUUACUCUUUCUCAGGAUUUUUUUUGUUUUAUUUUGUUUGGUUUUAAAUGCAAUGCAGGGACUGACUGGUGGUUUGGAAGGGUUUGUUCUCUUUGUAGUAUGGGAGUGGCAUAGUCAACUGUUGCACUUUAAAUGCAGUAUAGCCUUUGUCCACGGAAGUACCUUUCCAGUGUUCAGUUCACUUGUUCCUAGCUGUGCAUUAAAGGGCAUUCUUUUUUUUUUGUUGUUGUUAUUAAACUUGCCAAGUCUUUUGUAGAA